AUACCAGGUAGUUUGACCACGUCGAAACCCGGUUACAAGAAAGUGCUGCUACGAUGCGCGCGCACAUCCACGCACUGGCCCUGUUAGCAUUGAUGGCUGGAGCGUUGGGUUUCCAGAUCCCAAUGACGAUGAAAGCUCCUGGUGCUGGAAAGAAGGUCCUUAUCAUUGGAGGGACACGUUUCAGUGGCUUAUACCUCUUCAAAGAACUCCAUGACCGGGGCUACGACAUCACGCUUUUCAACAGGGGUAAGACAGCGAACCGCCCGGUUCCAGGAGAGAGCGCCGAGUCAUAUGCAGAGCGGAUCGGUCAAGCCACGUUUGUGAAGGGGGAUCGCACCAAUCCCGAUGACCUCGCUGCACUCGCCAAGGCGCAUGAAUUUGACGUCAUAUACGACAUGAACGGGAGAGAGAAAACGGACACGCAGCCAUUGGCCGACGCGUAUAAUGGCAGAGUGGACCAUUUCGUCUACAUGUCUUCGGCAGGCGUCUACUUGAAAAGCGACUUGAUGCCUCACAAGGAGACCGACCCCGUCGACCCCAAGUCCCGACACAAAGGGAAAUUCGAAACCGAAACGUAUUUGGCGGAAAAAGGCCUUCCUUUCACGUCUAUUCGGCCCACCUACAUUUACGGUCCUCAAAACUACAACCCUCUCGAGGAAUACUUCUUUCAUCGUGUCGUGGCCGGGAGAGCGGUGGCCGUUCCAGGGCAUGGGCAGCACUUGACGGGCUUGGGCCAUGUCAAAGAUCUGGCCACGGCGAUGGCGCAAGUGAUCGGGCGGGAGCAGGCCAAAGGGCAGGUCUACAAUGUCCAGCACCCGCAAGCCAUUACCUUCGACGGUGCCGUGCGACUGGCCGCCAAGGCCGCUGGGAAAGAUCCGGAGAGCGUGGAAAUCGUUCAUUAUGACCCCAAGGAGUAUGAUUUCGGCAAGAAAAAGGCAUUCCCGAUGCGGCCUCAACAUUUUUUUACGAGCGUGGAAAAAGCCAUGCGAGAUCUGGAUUGGACGCCGGCCUACGGGAAUACGGAGGGGUGGCAAGACUCUUUCGACCAAGAUUAUGCCUUAAGGACACAUGAACCAGAUUUCGAAUGUGAUGAGGUGGUCCUGGCAGGAAAGAAAUAAUGAAGAAAGGAGGGACAGAAGGAUGGUGAAAGUCCUAGAAAAAGUGCGAGGGAAGCACGCGCUUGUGCGGUGGUUCGCGCUGUUUCGGGGAAAAGGGGCUUCAUCUUAUAGUCGUGGUAGAGUAUUUGCAUAUCUGCGGGAAACCGCCGAGUCGAGGAGCGGACUCGACGAGAUCUCCCGUAUGAGACUAGCGUAAAAGCGCGCGAAACGGUUAAGGGACUGCAGUGGUAUAUUAAAGAAGACUCGUCGGGAAAACAA